GAGAGAAGUUGAACGAUCGUGUCGUGUUCCGUUGCGGUUCGCAGUGUACAAGUUUUAUUCGCAAGCGCGCGAAACAAUUCGCAAAAAGUUCAAUUUGAUUUGAAAAAUAGUGCUUGCCAUAAAAAAUAAUUGCAAUUGAAAUUGAAUUGGCAAAACAUCUAAUUCUGCCUCCAGCAAAAUUCGUUUGUGCAUAAUUUUGCAGUCUUUGUGUCUGUGUGUGUAUGUCCAGUGCUCGCGUGUGUGUGUGUGAGUGUGUGUCAAAAACGUGCGUGAAAAAAUGCACUAAACACACGAAAAUCAAAAGCGCAAUAGGAAAAACAUCAACAAUGCGAAAUUAAAAGCGAGCAAAAGCAAAGUAAAAGAAAAAAAAGAAAGAAAUUUAUAAUCGAAAAUCGAAUUAAAAUCCGGUAUGCAAAAUACAAUGCCAGCUAGUUUUCCAGCUGCUGCUGCUGCUUCUGCCGCGGAUGCGUUGACGCCGCCAGACUUUGAUUUCCAGAUGCCUUGUCGCUACUUUAAAAGUUCUUUUGCGCGUUCGCUUUCACUGAACAACAACAACAACAGUGGUGGGAAUGGGAAUGGGAGCAUUGCGUUGGCAUUGGCAAAGAAGACACCACAGAUUCCGAUUUCAGCGAUUGAGGCCAUGCAGCCAGAAGAGAAUGGGGAGGGUGAGGUGGAGCUGGAAUUGCAAUCACCCUGUUUGACGCCGCCGCCAGCGCUGCCAGCGCGUCGUCACACGAGCAGCAGUGGCAGCAACAAUUUGACACAUUUUAACACUGCGUCGGCUAAUCAGCUGCCACCACUACAACAUCAACAACAACAACUACAGCAACAACAGCAGCAGGAAAAGAGGAAUCUGAAUCUUACCGUCGCUUGGUCGCUACAGGAUGCCGCACCCAACAACAGCAGCAACAACAACAACAACUACAACUUGGCACAGCAUCAACAGCAACCACAGCAAUCGGCGGCAGCAGCAGCGCAGCAACAAACAGCACAUGAGCAGUCGUUAAAUGUCGAGGCUGUCAUAUUGCAAAAUCAGGUGGAUACAUUGCAAUGGCAAUUGAAGCAGACGGAAACGAAUUGCGAAAUGUAUCGCGCUGUUAUGGAGGAAGUUGCUCGCUUCUUCGAGCGCUAUCAGCAACAACAGCAGCAGCAACAACAACAGCAGCAACAGCUGCAGCAGCAACAACAUCUCCUGCGCCAGCAGCAAAUGCAAGCGAAUCGCCACAGUCUAGGCGGAGGCAGUGGAGAGCAAAUCUCGCGUUCAAAGAGUUUGCAUCAUGUGCAGGGCAGCGUGCAAAGUGAUCCCAAUGGCUAUACGGAGAACUCGACAAGUUCUACAGCGAACUCAGCCUCUGCAUCGUAUCUGCGAGCACGCAGCAGCACCAACUUGAUGUUGAAUCAAUCGAUGCUGACGAUGAACGAGGAUCACAAUUACGAAAGCAUUGCGCCCGCUGGCAGUUACAAUGCCUUCAAGGAUUUUACCUGGCGACGUUCGCCGAAAAAGUUUGGCGGCUGCAAGGCGCGAUUGUCAUCGCCGGAAGCAGCCGAGGAGAAACUGAACCAGGAGGCGUUUCGCCUGGCGCGCACCAUACGCAAUCUGUUGCACACAUCGCAACAGCAACCGGAUCUCACGCAGCCGCGUCAUUCGAUUGGAGUUGGAGUUGGAGCUGCAGGUCAUCGGCUGUGCAUGACGCAAAAGACGAGCUCAGUGCUGACGCUGCACAAUGCCACAAUGGAUGCUACGACGCCUAGUUUGCCAGCUGCCAAGACAAGCAGCAACAGCAACAACAACACCACCGCAACUGCCACAGCAACUGCCACCGCUGCUGAGAUGCUCUUUCUGCGCGCCAACACAAUGCGAGACUCGCGUCUCUCGCUGCGCAGCUCCACCGACAGCUCUGUGCAUUCCACCAUCUCCUCGACAUCGUCAUCGAAGCUGGAAACCGACGAGGAGAUCAACGCAAUAACCACAGCCAACAACAGCAGCAGCAACUGCAGCACCAGCAGCAGCGGCAGCAACAAGCAGAGUCCAACCACUGGCUCCAGCACUGAGGAUGAGAGUGGCUUCAGUUCGAUUAGCUCCUUCCACGAUGUCGGUUUGCCGCUGAGCUCUACGCUCAUUGGGGACACUUCGUCGAGACGCCUCUCGAUGUCCACGGAGAGCCGCAACUCGACGCUGAAGUCGGCGCUGAAUGUGGUGGGCGUGCCGACCUGCUCGCUGAGCAGCAACCAGUCGCCAGUGCAAUCGCCCGCCAAGACGUACCGCAAUGCCAAUCGCUAUCAGCAGCGCUUCUCGACGCUCUCCAACGAGGAUGCAGCCGCUGUGCUUUGGGUUUAAUCUCAACCCAUUAACUAUGUACAGUGGUUCUUUUCUCGCAUAAAUUAUUUACAUAUUACAUUUUAGUUUUUAAUGAUUUUUCUUGCGUUGCGUCGUCGUGAAGUGCCUCCUUCUUUUUAGUAGUUAUUAGUUGUUGCAUAAGUUGAUGGCAACUUUCUUAAAUACUUUUACGAUACAAUUUUAUCGAUUGCAUUUUUACAUUUAACGCUUUUUUUAUUAUAUCAUAUGUAUGUAUGUAAAGUGUUAGGCUAAGUUUUGCAGUAUUUAUGUUUAAUUGUGCAGUUUGUAA